AUGCCGUCUGAUAUUCGGAGCUUCUUUGGGGGGAAGACUCCCCAGAGCUCUGCCGAAGCGCCUAAGUCCGCGAAGAAAGAAACCCCUUCUGCCACAAGGAAACAGCGAGGCAGAAAAUUCGUAGAAGAUAGCGACGACGAGGAGGCCUCACCGGUGAAAGCGCCGACUCCCAAAGCCAAACCAAAGAGCAAGCCCAAGGCCGAUGAAACGAAAGGAGAACCCACGAGCACCUCGGACUACUUUGCUUCUAGCAAAAAGCCUGGUCGUCCAGCCAAGGCUAAUUCGACAAACGAAACCCCAUCAGCCAAGAACGGAACCACGAAUGGGGAAAAGAGCAUCGUUGAGACUUCCACGAAAGCCCCAAAGAGAGGAGCUUCCAAGAAGGCUACAAAAAUCGUGAACGACGACGAAGGUCUCGGUGGAGAUGAUGUUUUUGCGACUGAAUUUGGAAAGCCUGGCAAAGGGGACGAUGAUUAUGUCGAGGGAGGUGACAGCGGCUCCGAUGACGAUUUCGAAGUGCUCGAGGUCAAACCCGCAACCGCAUCCAAACGAUCCCAGAGGACAGAGCCAAUCAUCGAUGAAGACGAUGAUGUAGUGAUGGAUGACCUUCCCAAGCCACCCCCAAAAGCAGCAGCUCGAACUGGCCGCAAGCGCAAGUCGGAAGCGUUGGUUGAUAAGGAUGAAGAUGAAGAUUUCGAGGACGUCAAGAAGCCCGUGUCUCGAUCUAAGGCAGCUAAAGCACCUGCUUCUCCAACUGCCAAGCGACAGAAGGCCAGCCCCAAAAAGAAGAAAGAGGAGGAGCCGGAAAAUAAGGAAAUCCAGGACAUUUUCGAUAGCAUUCCGACGAUUCGGCCUCCAACGCCCCCUCAAGACGACGGGGAGAAGAAGAAAUGGCAAUUUGGCGCUCAGCGGUCUCGCACACCUCCAACUAGUGGAUCUAAAGAUAUGCCUGUUGGCGCCGAGAACUGCCUGGCAGGAUUGGCAUUUGUCUUCACCGGUAUUCAGGAGACCCUUGGUCGUGAAGAAGGACAAGAGCUUGUUAAGCGAUACGGUGGCAAGGUGACUGGGGCACCGAGCUCUAAAACCAGCUACGUUGUUCUUGGAAGCGAUGCAGGCCCUUCGAAGCUCAAGAGCAUUGCUAAGCACAACAUAAAAACUAUCAGUGAAGAUGGCCUCUUUGAAUUGAUCCGCCGCCUUCCAGCCAAUGGAGGCUCUGGAAAAGCUGCAUCCAACUACGAAGCCAAACAGAAGGCUGACGAGGAGAAGGUUCGAAAGAUGGCAGAGGAAAUUGAUGCCGAAGAAAAGAGGAAGAAAGCUGCAGAGGAGAAGAGAAAGCAAGCUGCUAGCGCUACUUCACACACCCCACAGACUUCAAAGGCUUCGGAGACCGUGAAGUCAUCCCAACCCCCAGUCGAUGACCAACUAUGGACUACCAAGUAUGCUCCAACAUCUCUUUCCAUGAUCUGUGGAAACAAACUUUCCGUCGAGAAGAUUGGAACUUGGCUGCGCAACUGGCGUAAAAAUGCGAAGACGAACUUCAAACUACCCGGGAAGGAUGGCAGUGGAAUAUAUCGUACCGUCAUGAUUCACGGCCCCCCUGGUAUUGGUAAGACCACUGCUGCACAUUUAGUUGCUAAGUUAGAGGGAUACGAUGUCGUGGAGUCGAAUGCCAGUGAUACAAGAAGCAAAAAAAUGGUUGAGAACGGUACCCUGGGUGUUCUUGAUACCACAUCUCUCCAAGGCUACUUUGCCGGAGAAGGCCAAAAGGUUGAUAGCAGCAAGAAGAAUGUUUGCUUGAUCAUGGAUGAAGUCGACGGUAUGUCUGCAGGUGACCGUGGGGGUGUCGGUGCACUGGCGGCUAUUGCUAAGAAGACCAACGUUCCACUUAUUCUCAUUUGCAAUGAACGAAGAUUGCCCAAGAUGAAGCCAUUUGACUUUGUCACAUUCGAUGUGCCCUUCAGGCGACCUACGGUCGAGCAGAUCCGAGCUAGAUUGCGCACGAUCUGUUUCCGCGAAAAAAUCAAUAUCCCGCCUCCUGUUUUGGACAGUCUCAUCGAGGGCACGCAUGCCGAUAUCCGACAGGUCAUCAACAUGUUGUCCACUGCCAAGCUAGACCAGGAGAGCCUUGAUUUCGAUCAAGGCAAGCAGAUGUCAAAAGCAUGGGAGAAGCACAUCAUUCUAAAGCCUUGGGACAUUGUUAGUAAAAUCCUGAGUGCCCAGAUGUUUUCUCCCAGUUCCACUUCCACCUUGAAUGACAAGAUUGAACUCUAUUUCAACGAUCACGAAUUCAGUUAUUUGAUGCUUCAAGAGAACUAUCUGAAGACAAGACCGACUCUCGCAGGAAAUUAUCAUGAUAAGGAAAGGAAUUUGAAGCUUCUUGAAUUGGCAGAUAAUGCAGCCGAGAGUAUCAGUGAUGGUGACCUGGUCGACCGUAUGAUUCACGGAACUCAGCAACAAUGGUCUCUUAUGCCUACCCAUGCUGUCUUCAGUUUUGUUCGACCUGCCAGUUUCCAAUUUGGAAAUAUGACCGAAAGGGCAGGAUUUGCUAGCUGGUUGGGCCAAAACAGCAAACAAGGUAAGGAUGGAACUAUUUACAAUAACACAUUGGAUAUCACGCUGACCACUAUUAUUAUAGGCAAAUUGACACGUUUUGUAAAAGAAAUUCAGGGUCACAUGCGGUUGCGAAGUUCCGGCAACCGAGACGAGAUUCGUCAACAAUACAUCCCUCUUCUAUGGGAGAAAUCUGUUCGCCGUCUCAUGGAAGAGGGUAAAGACAGUGUCGAUGAUGUCAUUGAUUUUAUGGAUUCCUAUUUCCUGACUCGUGACGAUUUUGAUGCGAUGAUGGAAUUGGGACUUGGCCCGAUGGAUCAGUCUAAUGUCAAGUUGGAGACACAAACCAAAGCCACAUUCACACGUCUGUACAAUUCGCGCUCACACCCAUUGCCUUUCAUGAAGGCUAGUCAGGUGAUUGCACCAAAGAAGGGACCCAAGGAGAAACCGGAUAUUGAAGAUGCCAUCGAAGAGUCGGACGAAGAAGAAGUUGUUGAAGAAGCUAAGGAUGACGAGGAGGAAGAACUUGAUUUGAAGAAAGAUAAAUACGUCUCCGCGCCAAAGAAAAGGGCUGUGAAGGGUGCUGCGAAGGGUAAGAAAACAAAGAAACCAGCAGCGGGCGAUGAUUUCAUUGACGAUAGCGAGGAGAAGCCAAAGAAGGGCCGCAAGGGUAAGGCCAAGGCUUAA